UUUGAAUGCAGUUGACAAAUGAUAGAAGUUUGUGGAAAUGAUUAAUUGGAAGGAUGGAAAAGUCGUGGAAUAUGGAAUACACCAUUUUGCUGGUCUGCUAGGUUCGUGAUAAAAUUGAAAUAUUCCAAAUUUUUGCGAACGUAACCUAGGAUCUAGAUAUAAUAUAUGCUAUAAAGAACCAAAACUAAUUUCAGUGGCUUAGGUCAAUCGUACCUUAUAAAAAGUUAACAAAUAUAAAAUACCAAAAAAGAAGAAGAAAGUAGAGAGGUGAAGUGACCGAAAACGAGAGUAGAGAGAUGAAAGGUGUACGAAACAUCUAUGACCACCAUUCUUACACCUUCUUGCUCGUCUUCGUUGUCAUGAUUCUAUUUCAUCCUGCCCUUUCGAUCUAUAUCAACACUUUGUCGUCUACAGAAUCUCUUACAAUUUCAAACAAUAGAACACUUGUAUCUCCCGGUGAUGUUUUCGAGCUCGGUUUCUUCAAAACCACCUCAAGUUCUCGUUGGUAUCUCGGGAUAUGGUACAAGCAAUUGCCCGAGAAAACCUAUGUAUGGGUUGCCAACAGGGAUAACCCUCUCCCCAAUUCCAUUGGAACCCUCAAAAUAUCCAACAUGAACCUUGUCCUCCUUGAUCACUCUAAUAAAUCUGUUUGGUCCACGAAUCUUACUAGACGUAAUGAGAGAACUCCGGUGAUGGCAGAGCUUCUCGCUAAUGGAAACUUCGUGAUGAGAGACUCCAAUAACAACGAUGCAAGUGAAUUCUUGUGGCAAAGUUUCGAUUACCCUACAGAUACUUUGCUUCCAGAGAUGAAACUGGGUUACAACCUCAAAAAAGGGCUAAACAGGUUCCUUAUAUCAUGGAGAAGUUCAGAUGAUCCGUCAAGCGGGGAUUACUCGUACAAGCUCGAACCCCGAAGGCUUCCUGAGUUUUAUCUACUGCAAGGAGACGUUCGAGAGCAUCGGAGUGGUCCAUGGAACGGAAUCCGAUUUAGUGGGAUACUAGAGGACCAAAAGCUGAGUUACAUGGAGUACAAUUUCACAGAGACUAGUGAGGAGGUCGCUUAUACAUUCCGAAUGACCAACAACAGCUUCUACUCGAGAUUGACACUAAGCUCCACAGGGUAUUUUGAGCGACUGACGUGGGCUCCGUCAUCAGUGAUAUGGAACGUCUUCUGGUCUUCUCCAGCAAACCCCCAGUGCGAUAUGUACAGGAUGUGUGGGCCUUACUCUUACUGUGACGUGAACACAUCACCAUCGUGUAACUGUAUACAAGGGUUCGAUCCCAGGAAUUUGCAGCAGUGGGCUCUGAGAAUCUCAUUAAGGGGGUGUAAAAGGAGGACGCUGCUGAGCUGCAAUGGAGAUGGUUUUACCAGGAUGAAGAAUAUGAAGUUGCCAGAAACUACGAUGGCCAUUGUCGACCGCAGUAUAGGUGAGAAAGAAUGUAAGAAGAGGUGCCUUACCGAUUGUAAUUGUACCGCGUUUGCAAAUGCGGAUAUCCGGAAUGGUGGGACGGGUUGUGUGAUUUGGACUGGAAAUCUCGCUGAUAUGCGGAAUUACGUUGCUGACGGUCAAGACCUUUAUGUCAGAUUGGCUGCGGCUGAUCUCGUUAAGAAGAGUAACGCGAAUGGGAAAAUCAUAAGUUUGAUUGUUGGAGUUAGUGUUCUGCUUCUUCUGAUCAUGUUUUGCCUCUGGAAAAGGAAACAAAAUCGAGAAAAAUCAAGUGCAGCAUCUAUUGCAAAUCGACAGAGAAACCAAAAUUUGCCUAUGAACGGGAUAGUACUAUCAAGCAAGAGACAGUUGUCUGGAGAGAACAAAAUUGAGGAGCUGGAACUUCCAUUGAUAGAGUUGGAAGCUAUUGUCAAAGCCACCGAAAAUUUCUCCAAUUCUAACAAAAUUGGACAAGGUGGUUUUGGUAUUGUUUACAAGGGGAUAUUACUUGACGGGCAAGAAAUCGCGGUAAAAAGGCUAUCAAAGACGUCAGUUCAAGGGGUUGAUGAGUUUAUGAAUGAGGUGACAUUAAUCGCGAGGCUUCAACAUGUAAAUCUUGUCCAAAUUCUUGGCUGUUGCAUUGACGCAGAUGAGAAGAUGCUGAUAUAUGAGUAUUUGGAAAAUUUAAGCCUCGAUUCUUAUCUCUUCGGAAAAACUCGAAGGUCUAAGCUAAAUUGGAAGGAGAGAUUCGACAUUACCAAUGGUGUUGCUCGAGGGCUUUUAUAUCUUCAUCAAGACUCCCGCUUUAGGAUAAUCCACAGAGAUUUGAAAGUAAGUAACAUUUUGCUUGAUAGAAAUAUGGUCCCAAAGAUCUCGGAUUUUGGAAUGGCCAGGAUAUUUGAAAGAGACGAGACGGAAGCUAACACAAUGAAGGUGGUCGGAACUUACGGCUACAUGUCCCCAGAGUACGCAAUGGGUGGGAUAUUCUCGGAAAAAUCAGAUGUUUUCAGUUUUGGAGUCAUGGUUCUUGAAAUUAUUACUGGGAAGAGAAACAGAGGAUUCGACGAAGACAAUCUUCUAAGCUGUGCAUGGAGAAAUUGGAAGGAAGGAAGAGCGCUAGAAAUAGUAGAUCCAGUCAUCGUAAAUUCAUUUUCACCACUGUCAUCACCAUUUCAACUACAAGAAGUCCUAAAAUGCAUACAAAUUGGUCUCUUGUGUGUUCAAGAACUUGCAGAGAACAGACCAACCAUGUCGUCUGUGGUUUGGAUGCUUGGCAAUGAAGCAACAGAGAUUCCUCAGCCUAAAUCGCCAGGUUGCGUCAGAAGAAGUCCUUACGAACUUGAUCCUUCAUCAAGUAGGCAGCGCGACGAUGAUGAAUCCUGGACGGUGAACCAGUACACCUGCUCAGUAAUCGAUGCCCGGUAAUAUGAAAGCUGUGAGAAUGUUCAUUUAAUUAAAAAUUACUAAAUGGUGUGACUCAAUACCAUAUGUGAAAGAAGUAAAAUAAAUUCUCAAUAGAUAAAGUAUGUUAUUUUGAUAACAAAUUCUUGCGUCUUUUUUCUGGCGGUUCAAAGUUUUUUUUUUUCCUCGAUGAUAUUAAACCAAAUUGAAAGGACUACAAGGUCGGAUACGUUUUUAGGACACCAAAACCAGCUUUCAAACAGAUGAAACUGGAGACAUAAGCUCCUACGAGAGAAGUUACAGCCCAACAAA